AUGGCUCCCAACUUUCUUCGAUACGUUCUGAGCACCCUGACUGUUUCGGUAGAAGCAGGCUUUUCCCUCACUACUAGCGAACUCUUAGGGCUAUUUCGAGCCCGUGAAUCCGCAGCAGCGGGUAUUUUUUCUAUGAAACCUAUUCUUGACCGUAACCUGAUUGACGGAAUGCCCUCGAAUGAUGGGCCUUGGAGGAAAUACUGGUUCUUUUUCCGAGUCAAUCCCCAUUCCGUUCAAGGUCUUUCCGGUCUUCUUCUCGCCAAUUGGUCGGCUAAACUUGGGAACCAGACGAUCCCCCGCCCAACUGUUGACUUCUUGUCUUUCUUUCGAAUCGUUUCUGAGGGUGAAACAAAUUGGAAUUCCUUCACCCUUCAUAAAGCGGGGCUCGCCAUCAAAGACGGUCAAACUCACCCCCUCGAUCCUCCUCCCGAAGAGAAAGAAAUCUCGAGCCUGAAUGCUCGAGAUAAAAGAAAAAUGCAAGCCGAAAUCAAGGCUCUUAAGGAUCAGUUAUCCGAAAUCGGGAGAAAGAAGCGGAUAGCCGCAAUCUCCAGGGUUGGUAACUUCCACAGGAAAACCCUCUUGGUUGAUGAUGAUUCAUUAGAAGCGGCCCUGUCAAUCGCGGUGGAUAUUCAUGGAGCCGAGAUUCUUAACGACCCUCCAGUCGCCACCACAAUUUGCCCUUCCGAACAAGAGCAAGAAGGAGGAGUAACUUCUUCUCCUGGUACAAAGAGGAAGGCUCCAGAUUCUGAUACUCUAUCAAACGAGAGACUCAAAACCGUGAGAUUAAGUUCUCUGCCACGAGUCCCUAGCCCUCCGCAUUCUGUUUUUCCCUCUUCAGAAUCUUUAGACUCUGAGCUCCCUCUUCCGGGAGACAGAGUAAUUCUAGAGAAAACCGAUGAGCCGAGACCGGAGGCUCCCCUAUCUCAAGGACUGAGUGUUAGGACUCAAAAUCCUUUACCCGCUUCGAUUUCAGGCGGAGAAGAGAUUGGAGACAUCUUCCGAAGUUUCCAAACCAGGGAAGGGGCGUCCCUUCCUCCUUUUUCGGUUUGGAGGCCGGAAAUCCCGUUUAUGGAGACUAAUGGAAUGAUCUUCCAUUAUGAGAACCUUCUUCACCAAGCGAAGAGAGAGACCGCAAAGGCUAAGAAGGAGGUUGAUGAACUUAGAUUAGUCAACCAGUCUGAGCGACUUGAGCGAGCAAAAGCACUCGAGUCAUCUUUUGAAAACAUGAAGAAAACUCUAGCAGCUAACGAGCAACGCAUCAGAAUGGCGAACGCUGAAAGAGAUUCUGCGAGGUCUAAUGCUCUUCUCUUGGAGGCUGAGCUAGAAGAGACUACGGCUUUGUUUGAAGAAGCGAAUCAGGAGAUCGAGCUUUUAACUAGGAACAGGGCUCGCGAUAUCGCUGAAGCCGAACAUAACGCUCGAGAAGAGAUGAGGGGAUUCGGUAGAUGUAGAUCGUUAUUGAAUUUGAUCAACAACAAUUCUACAAAAAUGUUUGAGGAAUACAUCGAUCUUGUAAAAACGGAAGCCAACGGUGAACCAGAAGAGUUACGCCCAUUAGGGUGGGGAACCAGCAUUCAGGUUCCAAAUGUGUUAAUUGAGAGAUUAUCAGCUCAAGAUCAUGUCAAAGCUACAAAGUUUAUUAACAAGCUUAUCGUGCGGCACGACGAGCUCGAAAAUGAGAAAAAAGAGAUUAGGCAAAGGAUAAUGGAACUAGAGAAGCGUCGCAUCGAUAUUGCUCGCGAGCUUCAUCGCCUCGAAGCCCAUCCUUCCGAUUGGGACGAACUAGGACUUCAGGAGUACGGAAACAUGCCAGGUUGUAUUAUGAGCAUCGUUGACCUUGCAGGUCAAGGAGCAAAGUUAUUCCGUAACUCAAGACCCUUCUAG